AAGUGAUCAGCGAGAAUAUAAUUCCUGACUUCCGUGCACGAGUUUUCAGGCAGAGUAGAAAGUAGUUUCUUCCCAAAUCCAAACAACACACUUGCUAGCGUCGUGUUCAUCUUUCCAUUGUACUUAUCCCCUUGAAGAUCUUUGAUAAUGGCUUCCGAGAGAAAACCUGCCGCAGUCUGGGCUCAGAGAGCUGACGUUGUGUUUGUCACAUUCCAGUUGCUGGACGCUUCCGAUGUAAAUAUCGAUAUGACAGAUUCAUCGCUCACCAUGGCUGCCAAGUCAAAGGGCGCCGAGUACAAAGUGGAACUGGGCCUUUAUGGCGAAAUUGUGCCCGCUGAGUGCAAGAAGCGCAUCACACCACACGAGCUUGCCGUCAUCCUCCACAAGAAAGACACCGAUGGCGGCUGGUGGCCAAGACUUCUCGCCGACUCUAAAAAGGUUCAUUGGUUGAAAGUCGACUUCAACAAGUGGAGAGAUGAGGAUGACUCCGACGAUGGCAAGGACGUGGACACAUCCGGAUUCGGCAAUAUGAUGGGAGGCAUGGGAGGAAUGCCCGGAAUGGGUGGCAUGGGAGGAAUGCCAGGAAUGGGUGGCAUGGGAGGUAUGCCAGGAAUGGGUGGCAUGGGAGGUAUGCCAGGAAUGGGUGGCAUGGGAGGUAUGCCCGGAAUGGGAGGUAUGCCAGACUUCGGUGGACCAGACUUCAAUGACGACAGCGAUGACAGCGACGCAGACGGCAUGCCCGAUCUUGAAGACAAGGCGGCGGCGGCCGCCGAGGAUGAGGUUGAAGCAGCUCCCGCGGAGGCGGCCAGCAGCUAAGCUAGUGCCCGCGGCGCCUCUCCCCCCCUGUUUGGUGGCUUGUGCGGCGUGUGUCUAGGCGUUACGGCGCGAUGUCGACGAUUAGUUUCAAGGAUGCUGCUGCUGGUGUGUGUGUGUGUGUGUGCCCGCGCCCUGCUGCCGCGUGCACAGCGAGUGGCUGCGGUGUUUUUGAUAUCGGCCUCUUAAUGUGUGUGUGUGUGUGUUCGGUGGUAAGUAGGUGUGCACAUCUCACCUAGGCGCCGGGUGCUGCGCAGCUGGGAGAAACGAGACGGAUUAUGUGUUUGCUGUGUCCGCCGCUCGCCUCUCCUUCCUGGUCCGGAAUGGCAGGCAUCUUGUGUUGGGCGCACGUUUCUCGCCUCCGAGCACCAGAAACUGAAAGCUGCUUUCACUGUUAUAUACUUUCUUGCGUUUUUUGAUGAAGUUUUCGCCGCUUUCCUCUUUUCUAGUGCCGGCCGGCUCUGCUGUCCGCCGCCGCGGUGCUCUUUGCACAUAGCAUGCUCUACGCUGUCUGUCCUGGUUGCGCCUCAAGGAGACUCUGAGACUGUGGGUGGGUGUGAUUGGUCAAGUGACUGUAUGCCGUAGAUAGUUGUGUGCUUGAUCUGGCCUGGCCUUGCGGUACAGUGCAUUGUACAGUGAAUUGUAUUGUAUGCCACCGCACUGCCUGCCUGCCUUUUCACUCUUCCUUCUAGUUGGUUUCGCUCCUCUGCGUGCUCAGGGUAAAUUGCGCCCAACCAUCCACUAUUGUUUUUGAUAUGGGAACAUACUCGAGCUAAAAAGACAUUAUGUACCAGCUGAUUCCGGUUUAAUUCUCAGCUUUCUGACAGAGCAGUUCUUUUCUUUUUGCUUCUUCUGUUUGAGAGAGGACUUGCAGGGUGCCUUUUGUUCCCAGCCUCUCCCCCUCUCUCUCUCUCUCUCUAUGUGCUGUUGCUGCUGCUGGUUUCAAUCUUGAUGCUGAUUUUUGCGUCUGCCCACUGG